GGUGCGCUCUACACGUGAACCUGUUAAUGUGGUGCAGCACAUAUGUCUACUUCGGUUCGUCGCGUCUAAUGACAAACCGUCAAGCUGUGUUCUAAAUGUAUAAUUGAAAAAAAAUGAUAAAUUAUUAAUUAUUUGUGCAUUGUGAUGAGAAAUGGUUGAAAUAAAAAAACUAAAACGUGCUAAAAGUUGCAGAGUCCAAGAAAACAGUACAAUGAACAACAUAACGUUUAGCAGCAACUGAAACGAACAAACAUCUUUAUACACACGUCGAGUUACCAAUUAAUCGUGCACAUAGGAAAAGAUGCGGAUGCUUUCGACAUUAUUUGUACUACAUUUAGCAGCAUGUUUAGGUAAAACAACAAUUCAACAUGUAGUUGAAAAUAGUUCAAGUACACCUGCCAAACAUCCGUACAGAAGAAACCACGGAAGAACUAUACAACAAUUGAUUGGUGGUCAUGUACUUUUUACCCGCGAAACAUUACGGAAUUUGAGGAACAUUAACUUUACGCCAAGUAAUAACAGUGUUGCUGCCUUUAGCUAUAAAAAAAAAUUAAAUUUAACAGAAAACAAUCACCUCGAUGACGGAUUACUCUUGAUCACGGCAAGUGCUGGAAACGGAAAAAACGAAAAAGAAACAAUCAAUGCUAAAAAGGAAGAAAGCAAAAAAUCAUUAUCUGAUCAAGUAGCGGAGGGAAAAUAUGGACUUAUACACAAAGAGCUGUUUCAAACUACACCUGAACGACCAGGUGUAUUGAGUUAUAAGUCGAAUUCGGAUGUUCCAAAAGAUAAUGCCAGGAAUUAUGGAGGACUAAAAGAUGAAGAAAUCUGGCUUGCAGAAGAUUACUUGUUAGUUUUAAAAGGAGGAUUUGUCAAUAAAAACAGCAAUAAACCAAAAUGGAAGCCAAUUGAUGACUAUAACGCUCCCACAAGGCAGGUUAAGUUACCUUUGAAUCCCAAGGUGCCACCUCCCUUUCCUGUCCAGCUCACCGAUAAUGGGCCGAUUCAGUUUAUCGGAAAUAAUAAAAUCCCGUCAUACAAUCCGUUUACAAAUCAGUCAGUUUUUCUCUUCUCUAAUGAGAGAAUCCCGCACAUUAAAGCCGACGAUCUUAAUAAAAAAGGUCCCCCUCCCUGGAAUGGAAAGGACAGCACUUCUUCGCAGUUUAAUGGAUACCAAUAUCCACCACCUGCUCCACUCCCGCUCGACAAACUGAACCAUACUUUCUCAAAUCCGUUUUUGAAUUUACCACCAUUACCAAUCUCUGGAUCGAUCGAUGAGCAGAAUAACACAUACAUUGACGAAGAUGAUCCAUCGCUGUACUACCCGCCGCCAUACAGUUUUGAAUACAAAAGUAAUUAUAACAAUCCGGUGUCACCAGGCCCUCUAGUACCUGGUAUUAUAUUACCUCCACCUCCUAAUUUCUUUGCUUCGCUUGAUAAAGAAAAGAUGCCUGUAUUGGAUGUAUUGAAUAAAAUAAAUGACAUUCAGCAAAAAGAACUGAAUGCUACUCUCUCAGCAGCUGUUAAGGCUCAAUUAAACUCGACUGCAGUAAAAUCUGUUAAUUGUAAGCCAAUUACGAUAGAAACUCCAAGCUAUAAUAUAGAAAUCGAAAAAGUUAAUGUUAAAAAGUUCCCUGAGAAUAACGAUAAAAUACUUCCUCUUACAACUACAACGAGGAAAAGUAGCAAGACCAAACCACCUUCACGAACAAGAACUCAGCUUCACAAAGUAAAUACUCAAAUUUCUCAUCCACUUAUCUCUCUAAGUCCCGACAAUUUUAAAGGCAAUCCAAUAUAUUUCGAGUAUUUCGACGCACGGACAGCUAUGCUGCAACCGUUUCAUGAUUAUUCCAUAACAACUCCAAUACCUUAUUUAACUACAUUGACAAACGAAGGAUAUAAAGUCAGUUAUAAAACAACGACCGAAAAUCCAUUCAGUCAAUCUCUUUUGAAUCAAAAACGGCAUCCUUCUAAAACCUUUUUGCCAGUUGUAGAUAAAGGUUUGUAUGUGGCACCUGAUUUAGGAAACUAUCGAUAUAAAACUAUGCAAGAAUUUAACAGAGAAAUUGAAACGAUAAAACAAACCCUGAGGCUAUAUGAAAAUUCACUUCCAAUAAUCAGCAAUUUGAGGACUCCAAAGGCUCAAAGGCCUAUCUACAAUUUUUCAUUUGACUACAGGAAAUCAAUAUCUCCUCCAACUCAAACAUACCCCAGCUUGUUAGAAGAAGAUCCAUUCAGUCAUCAACGCGUUCCAAAUCAACAAAUUAAUGAACAGUUCUACAACCAACAUUCUUUGAAUAGUCAACCAAUCCAACCGAGACCAAUGCAGCAUUACGACAAACCAGACCAGCACAAUAAUUACAGUUAUAGGGAUCAUUCAGCAAACGUAGAAAUAACUAGCGCUAAUCCUUCGGGUUACCAUUCUUUCACAACUGCAAGGCCGUUCUAUUUUGCCCAACCCAACUGGUACAGUAUUGAUAAAGUUAGGGUUCAUGAGAUACCAAAACCUUUCAUAUACAACAAUGGAGCGAGUGGCUACAAUACUAAAUUAUACCUUCCUAGUAAAUCAUCUUAUCAAACAAAUGUUUCUAGUAAAACCGCUCUAAAUCAAUCAAGUCAAUACAAAUACAAAGACAAUUUUGCUAAUCAAUCAUCUAGUGUUCGACACAAGAACAAGUACUCCUCACGAAACCAGCAGCAACAUCAUGAAGGAUAUUUAGACAAAGAUACAUUGAUUAAUUAUAAACAUCCGUUACCCGCUAUCAACCCAGAUAGCGAAUUAUUGCCAUAUAACGGUAGAAAAACAAAGCCAAUCAUUCAGUACCAAUUGCCCGGCGAUAAGGCCCAAGUUUAUUUUAUAACACCACAAGAGCUAAUUCAUAACGUGCCUUAAAUUAAAAUUAAAGCAACACUAAAUACGGCUUUAUAAAAUAUACUAUUAUUCUUAUUUUAUAUUAAUAUUAUAUAUAUUUUCUCAUUUACAUUGCGGUUACAGAACAACAACAAAGAAUAGUGAAAAUGAAUCCGAUAUGGCAAAAAGAAAUCCAUCGUAACACACAUGCUGAUUUCAAAAUUUCACGAAUGCAUAUUACGGGAAAAUUUUAAAUGCUUUCAAAUAGAAUUCUAUUAGAAAUCUGAUUGUUGCUUAGUAUUAAAAUGUACAUAUAUAAAGCCGAUAUGGGCAAUCCAACAGUAAAAAUAAUAAUAUGUACAUAAUACUAUUGCUUAUAGACCUAUAAUGCAUCUAAAAACAUUUGAAAAUAUAAAAUAGUUUGUGAUUUUUUACGCAAAAUUUUGGAAUCUUAUGAAACAGCGUGCAAUUUGUGCGGACCUUCUUUGGCUGUGAACCAUUUGCCGAGUUAAAUUUAACUCGUGGUUAAAAGUGACAUUUCGAAAGUUAUUUCUUAUGUUCGAAAAUCCCCGUGCUGUCGAUCGAUCGGUUUUCGAGCCACGGUCGUCAAAAUUUUACUUCUUGUCUGUCAGAAGUAACCACGCUCGGAUAACAGGGUUAAUCGAUAACUUUUCAUCUGUCAAAUUUUAACCAAAAGUUAAAAUAAUCCACCAAAUGGUUCAGAGCCUUUGUAUGUUUUGUGCUAGAUUUUGCUACACAAUUAGGUUUUGCACCGUCGGGGUUAACCUCAAUCUGAUGACAGUUCAGUGGUACUGUUUACGUGGACUUGGUCGUUUUUUUCUUGGGUAGAUUUUCUCGAUAAUUUUUCAGACUGCAGUGAGAUGUAAACCACACUUCUGCAAUGUCCACGAGCAACAUCCUUUCAACGCGC